UCGGGCGCCCGGGUGGCCAUCAAGUCCUGCCGGCUGGAGCUCAGCGUCAAGAACAAGGACCGGUGGUGCCACGAGAUCGACAUCAUGAAGAAGCUGAACCAUCCCAAUGUAGUACGAGCCUGUGAAGUUCCUGAGGAGAUGAACUUUCUGGUUAAUGACGUUCCUCUUCUGGCAAUGGAAUAUUGUUCAGGGGGCGACCUCCGGAAGUUGCUAAACAAACCGGAAAACUGCUGCGGACUUAAGGAAAGUCAAAUACUUUCUCUGCUUAGUGACAUUGGGUCUGGUGUCCAGUAUUUGCAUGAAAACAGGAUUAUUCACAGAGAUUUAAAGCCUGAAAAUAUUGUUCUUCAGGAUGAAGGUGGAAAGAUUGUUCACAAAAUAAUAGACCUGGGAUAUGCAAAAGAUCUGGAUCAAGGAAGUUUAUGCACUUCAUUUGUUGGAACAUUACAAUAUUUGGCUCCAGAACUCUUUGAGAAUAAAUCCUACUCAGUUACUGUUGAUUACUGGAGCUUUGGAACAAUGGUGUUUGAAUGCAUUGCGGGAUUUAGACCUUUCUUACAUAAUCUACAGCCAUUUACCUGGCAUGAAAAAAUCAAGAAGAAGGAUCCAAAGCACAUCUUUGCUUCUGAAGAGAUGAAUGGGGAGGUUCGCUUUAGUACUCAUUUGCCACAGCCUCACAGCCUUUGUGGUUUAAUUGUAGAACCAAUGGAAAACUGGUUGCAACUGAUGCUGAACUGGGAUCCACAACAGAGAGGUGGAGGUUUAGAUCACGAGACCAGUCGUCCAAAGUGUUUCCUAAUAAUGGAUCACAUACUGAAUUUGAAGAUAGUACACAUCCUAAAUAUGACCUCUGCCAAGAUUGUUUCAUUUCUCUUGCAUCCCGAGGAAAGCCUUCAUUCCCUUCAGAUUCGGAUUGAGUUUGAAACUGGAAUAAGUACUGGAAAUCAGGAACUGCUGCUGGAAACAGGGAUUUGCCUGGACCCUCGGAAACCUGCUUCUCAGUGUGUUAUUGAUGGCGUAAGAGGCUGGGAUAGUUACAUGGUCUAUUUGUUUGAUAAAAGCAAAACUGUCUAUGAUGGACCCUUUGCUUCUCGGAGUCUGUCUGACUGUGUAAAUUACAUUGUACAGGAUAGUAAAAUCCAACUGCCAAUUCCUCAGCUGCGCAAGGUGUGGGCAGAAGCAGUUCACUAUGUCAUUGGACUAAAAGAAGAUUAUAGCAGGCUUUUCCAGGGCCAGAGAGCUGCCAUGCUCAGCCUUCUUCGGUAUAAUGCCAACCUAAUCAAAAUGAAAAACAAUAUGGUGUCAGCAUCUCAGCAACUGAAAGCAAAGCUGGAAUUCUUUCAUCAAAGCAUUCGCCUUGACCUCGACAGAUACAGUGACCAGAUGGCUUAUGGCAUAUCUUCAGAAAAGAUGCUCAAAGCAUGGAAGGAGAUGGAAGAGAAGGCCUCUCAGUGUGCACAGGCUGAAGAUAUUGGAUAUCUGGAUGAGCAGAUCAUGGCUCUGCACACAGAGAUUGUAGAGCUUCAGAAGAGUCCAUAUGCAAGGCGCCAAGGAGAGGUCAUGGAAAGCUUGGAACAGAGAGCCAUAGACCUGUACAAGCAAUUAAAAACAAGACCUCCAGAUCAUGCCUACAGUGACAGCACGGACAUGGUGAAGAUCAUUGUGCAGACAGUACAGAGCCAAGACCGAGUUCUCAAGGAGCUGUUUGGCCAUCUCAGCAAGCUAUUGGGCUGUAAGCAGAAGAUCAUUGACUUACUUCCAAAGAUUGAAGUGGCUCUAAAUAACAUCAAGGAAGCUGACAACUCAGUGAUGCAGAUGCAGGGCAAGAGACAAAGAGAGAUAUGGCAUUUGUUGAAAAUUGCUUGUACUCAGAGCUCUUCUCGAUCACUGGUAAGCCCCAGCCUGGAAGGGACAGCCUCAACUCCAGCAGCCCCUCUGUGGCUCCCACAGAGCUCCUCAGGGAACGUACCUCACCCUCUGUCAUCUGUGGAAACUCCCGAAGAUGGGGAAAAUUUUGUCCAUGUGAUAGAAGAGAAUCUGAAUUACCUCGAACUCUUUAGCAGUCUUUUGCAGGAGGCAAGACAGGAGCAGAACAACAGCAUGAUGAGUUUUGAUUGGAGCUGGCUGAAAUAGUCACAGGAGCCAACGUGCUGCUAUCUGCAAGACGCCUGCAUGCUGAGAGUGGGCUUGGCAGCCUUUGAUGUGACAAGCUGGAGGGGACUGGUCCAUCUAUCACCUUCUGUUCUGUAACCCUUAGCGGGACUGGUUACCGAGGCAGUGGCCUGUAGCAGACACACCACUUGCAGUCGCAAACAGUGUCUGACAGGCUCCUGCCUACUGGGGCUUUCAACUAAACAAGUAACCUGUUUGCGUCGGCAGCACCUGCUGCAUGCACCAGUGCUGGGCGGGCUGUGGGGCAGCCGGUGCUGAGGGACGUGGCCCUGCUGAGGCUCUCCCGGACCGAAAGGGAUGAGAGCUACGGGGGGCUGCCCCCCCC